GCUAAGCGAAUGAUUGUCUUGUGCUUGCUAAUCCUUGAAUCAUUGUGCCCAUCAGAUUGUAGUAGCAAUAUGAUUCUUUCGAGCGCGUGAACUUUCUUUCAUGGCAACAGACAAGCAGCCUACAUCGUGCUCAGCGUACGACGCGGAAGCGACAGCUGCAGUAGACCAGCAGUCACAUUUGAAAUCCCAAACCAAGCUAAGCAACCGGCAACACAUCGAAGUUGAACAAGGACAAAACUUACCAGGAACACGUGGGGAGUCUUCCGAAGAUGAUGCGAUUAACAGUCGCUUACCACAGGUGUAUUCAGGCUGCCGGACCGUUCUGUCAAAAGAAUUCGCCAUGUUUGUAGGAGUGCAGAAAAUCAGUGAAAUGUGUGAUCGUUUACAGCUUCAAGUGUCUUGCCAACAGCAUUCUACAGAAAUAAUUAUCAGUGGUACUUUGCCAUUCUUGAAUAUGUUUCGUCAGGAUGCUCUUCAAGUAUGGGCAGCAUUCUCACAUGACCAUGCGUGUAGUGUGGCGUUUGGUAGUGGCUGCGAGCCACGUCAUUCUCCUGCACAAGCGUCUGCAGAAAAGUUGGAAGGACAAGAGAAGCUUGCUGGUGAACUUGGCUUUGAUACAACAAAGCAAAGCUCUCGUCAUCGCCCUUCAGAUGAAGAACAUCAUGAAGGUGCUGGUGUUCUUGACAAUCACAUGUCAUCUGUUGACAUAUUCCUUAAGACAAAGACACAGUUGGGGCAAGGAGUAGUUCUGUUUUUUGGCAUCUUGAAAAUCGAUGACCUUUGCACACAGUUUCAUUUGCAAUUGGUUGCCGAUCAGAAGCGUUCGUCUGUUUGUGUGGUUGGUAUUUACAGCGAUGUUACUGCCUUUGGUUUGCACAUCAAUCAGCUUCUUAGGGACUGUUCUUCUAGCUCGGCAUAUGUCCGCAUGUUUGGCGAAAACCUCCCUGCUAUACCGUCUUCCUAUUUAGCCGCCUCCCCGUCUCCAUUGCUAGAUAGUAAGGCAACGGCUUGUGCGUCAUCAACUAGUGACGGGGAUGUGGUUCACAAGGAAACGGCAAAAAAUGUAGCUACUGGAGAAUCUUCGGAUUCUACCCCGAAAAGGUCGGACCCCAUGCAAUUGAACAAAUCUACCUACGACAUCGUUGAAAUUACUGCCAGAGAAAAGCUGGAGAGCAUUCAAAAGGAAUGUCACGUGAAAAUAAGAAAAGAGUCUGUUCCAGGUUCAGCUAAUACUGAGGUUUUACUUGUAGUGGAGAGCAACAGUAGCAAUUGUGACAUACAACAUGCGGCUGAGUUACUGAAGCAAGAAUGUCUAAUGGUUUCUGGAGCCUUAAAAAGGGAAGUUAAGAUUCCGUUGAAACGUGGCGCGAACGUUGUUGCAUUAAAACAGACAAAAUGGGAAGAAAUGAGAGUGAAAGCAACAUUUACAAAUGACCAAUGCACUGUAUACGGUCUGGAAGAGGACGUUCGCGCAGCCGAAAAGCAGAUAGGACACUUGCUGCGUCGUACACCAUUAUCGGAGGCAACUGAAGGGUUUGAGGCUAACUUUACCCUUCAGGGUGGCCAAACGAUUAUCGUAAAGAAAGGAAAUAUCGUAAAUGAAGACGUCGAUGUUAUUGUAAAUGCUGCAAAUUCAAAUUUACAACACGACGGAGGCGUGGCUGCCGCAAUUUGUAAGGCCGCAGGAGGAACCUCAUUUCGGGAAGAAUGUGCACGUUUAGUUCGCAAACGUGGACGCGUUACCGAAGGUGACGCAGUGUGCUCAAGGGCGGGUCUAUUGCCCUAUAAAGCAAUUGUUCACGCUGUAGCACCUCGUUGGUCUCACUGGUCAACGGAACACAAGCGUAUCAUUUCACUUCUAGAGAAAGCAUGUUAUAACAGUUUGCACUUAGCUGACAAAAGUAAUGGAACGUCUGUAGCCAUACCAGGUCUUGGCUCUGGUGUAUUUGGUGUUCCAAAAGAUGUUUGUGCUCAAGCACUUUUUGUUGGAACAGAAAGGUUCUUUCAAACUAAUCGCUCUUCCGUCAUUAGGCGAGUUGUUUUUAUUGAUCUUGAUGACUCAUCCGUGGCCGAGUUCACGAAAGAAGCAAGAAAGCGGUACGGAGAUACUUCGGCAAGUUAUACCACUCAAGCCAAACGUGACGCCAAGGAUUCAAAAGAUACCAGCAAACCUACCACUGACAAAGAUAAAAGUGCUGAACAUGAGCAAUGUCCUAUCUGCUACGACCGAGAUGUAAAUAUGAGUCUACCCUGUAGCCACCGUUUUUGCCAACAGUGUAUUGACCAAUGGGCAAAACAAAAAAAGCUUACUUGCCCUACGUGCUCGCGUCCGUUUGGAAAAGUGGAAGGGAAUCAGCCUAAAGGUGGUAAUAUGACUACCACUAUUUUUAAGACAACGUCAUUGCCAGGUUAUGAGCGAUGCGGUACUAUCGAACUCAGGUAUAACAUACCGUCUGGAUGGCAGGGAUCAGAGCAUCCUAAUCCUGGUCAACGGCAUCAUGGCACAACUCGAAUAGGAUACCUUCCAAACAACCAAGAAGGCCAAGAACUUCUUAGUCUACUUAGGAAAGCAUUUGAAGCACGUUUAGUUUUUACCGUUGGAAGAUCAAUAACAACAGGAGCCGACAAUGUCGUCACUUGGAACGACAUUCAUCACAAAACAAACAUGUACGGAGGUCCCCAGAAUUAUGGCUAUCCUGAUCCAACGUACUUGCAACGACUGCGGGAAGAUCUUCGUGCCAAGGGCAUUCAGUAGUGGUCAUGUGACCAAAACAGUGUUUGUGUACUGUGUGUUUUGUUUUUUGUUGCUUGCAAAGCUUAUCGUAGUUACAGACUUAUAAUUUGUUUCUACUUUGAUUUCUACGGUGUUGAUGCAAUCCAAUUGCUUGCAGCUGUUGAUGUUUGUUGUUGUGGAACAUGGAUCAUAUCGUAUAGUCACUUGUACUUGUCGUUGCCGGUGAAGAUAAUGGUC